UCAAUUGUCAUUGUCAACAAAUUUGCUGAAAUUCGCUGCAGAGAUUGGUAAAUCGAAAUAAAUUUCUUAAAAAAGAUUUAACCUAGUACUAUUGUGGAUAUUGAACCUGUUUAUUAUGGCUUCACCGCUGGAGCAGUUUGUUAAUAAUGUUAGAACAUCAUCAGCAGCAGGUCAUUUUAGAGAUGUAUUAGAAUUAAUAGUAAAAUCGGAUGAAGUCUUACAAAGAAACAAGGCUCAUCUAAACACAGUGUUGGAGACCCUGGAUGUUCAGCAGCAUUCUCUUGGUGUUUUGGCUGUUCUUGUUGCUAAAUAUUCCAAUCCACAGGGAACUAAUGAAGUUGAUAAAACAAAUAUGUACUCAAAGAUCUAUGAAUUUAUUACAAAUUGUAAUGGUGAACAAGUGCGCUUAGAACCUGACUUAUAUGCGGAGCUUUGUCAUCAACUUACAGACCAUCUUAUUGAAAUCAAGCAGCCUAUAAGGGGCAUUGAAGUUCUGAAAAAGGCCAUCAAGAAGAUACAAUUAUUUGAUUCCCAGUUAACUUCAGUGCAUGCAGAUCUGUGCCAGUUGUGUCUGCUCUCUAAAUGUAUGAAGCCAGCUCUUGAAUUUCUUGAUACUGACAUAACAGGAAUUGGAUCGGAGCUUGGUGGUAACAAUGAUUCUAAGCAUUUUCUGCUUUAUUAUUACUAUGGAGGUAUGAUCUAUACUGCCAUGAAGAAUUAUGACCGUGCUUUAUACUUCUUUGAAGUAGUUGUUACAGUCCCUGCAUUAGUUGUUUCACACAUAAUGCUAGAGGCAUACAAGAAGUACAUUUUAAUCUCAUUGAUUUUGCAUGGAAAGAUGCUUACAAUGCCUAAAUAUACAUCUCAAGUAGUAUGUAGAUUCCUGAAGCCAUUGUCAGUGGCUUAUCAUGAAUUGGCCUCCACUGAACAUGCAGCAGUAAAACACAGGGAGACAUUUGUACGAGAUAAGAAUAUGGGUUUAGUUAAUCAGGUGCUAAACUCGAUGUAUAAGAAAAACAUUCAAAGAUUGACAAAAACAUUUUUAACAUUAUCUCUAAGUGAUGUGGCAUCUCGCGUACAAUUAACUGGACCGGCGCAGGCGGAAUCUUAUAUACUGAAUAUGAUUGAAGAAGGUGAAAUCUAUGCUAUGAUCAAUCAAAAAGACGGUAUGGUUGUGUUCCUGGACAGCCCGGAGAAGUAUGCAUCCCCUGAGACACUGUGCGUGCUGGAGCAGCAGAUGGCCGCCUGCACUAAACUGCAUCAGUAUAUACAAGAAAUGGACGAACAAAUACAAGUCAACCCUCAGUAUGUAAAGAAGUCUGCAGGGAGUCACGACGAAGAUAUGCCAGCCACAAGUCAGAACUCAAAAACAACAUAUUCAAUGUAAAUAACAAUAUAAU